AUGAAAGAGAGGACCAAAUACAGUAUAACGCUUACGAAAGAAGUAGGUCCCGCUGAGUUGAAAGAAAGCGUUAGAGAGGUUUUGGAAGUGGUCGUAGGUUUGCUAAACGACCGAAAAUCUGAGAAAGAUGAAAAAGCCAAAGUAUCAACAUUACGAGUGGACCUUGCACCGAUUUUUGAAGAAAUGGCAGUUGGUUACUCAUCACAUAGGCCCCAAUGGGAGGCUCUGGAAUAUCUAGGAGACAGUGCACUCGAGCACUGUCUUUUUAAAAUAGCCAAAGCCGAUAUCUUUCCACUUAUUCGGCUUAAUGAUAUGGAAUUCGAACAAGUAAAAAAGUAUCACGGAGAUGCUUUUGAAGCUUACAUCG